AGCAGGAAGGCUGUAAAAGCUUGCGGGAAAGGGAGUCAGGGAUAGCCAAUUCUUCAGCGAAAACUACCUGAAACAUAAGGAUCUUUCUACAAUUAUUCGGAGUGAUUUUGAAUCCUGAGAUCUCUGUAUCAAUAUGUCGUACUCGUUCGACAACGAUUUAUUCGUCACGGAAAAUGGUGCUGCCAUGUGUUUUAACGUCGAGGGAUGCCUGAAUGCGGAGGAACUCGCAGACUACAUCCAGCAUGCUGGAGGGAAAGUCAAAAAGGAUACCACAGGACCGCAUACCAUCACAUUUACAGGAUCACAGAAUGUUGACUCCGAGCUCUCAGGGAAUGUUGAAGUGUACUCUUCGGAAUACAUUACGAAAUGUUGUACAAAAAAUAAGCUAUUUGACUUGAACAAGUUUAGAUGUAGCUCUGCAAGUAUUUUUAAAGAUGAAUUCAAUGCUAUGGAUGUCCUCCAACAGAAAUUAAGCUGGGAAGAUGCACAGAAACUCUUGAUUACCAACCAUAAAGAGCCAGACACCAAAAGAUUGUCCCUACCAGGAAACAGUUUGUCAGCAUCUAGUGUCAGCAAUGGCAGUUCAAGAUCUAACAAAGUAGUUCUUACCCAAGCUUUAGGACCAAGAACAACGACAAAAUAUCGCUGUGAAUUUACGACAAAAGAGAGAAAAGAAAUGGUGCAAUUUUUGCAAGAUAAGAAAGGGUAUGAUGAAUUAAGAGGCACAGCUAUUUGGAAAAGAAUGAGUGUUAAAUUCCCCAAUCACACUUGGAUGAGUCUGAAAGAACAUUUCAAUAAAAAAAUUAUGCCAUUCAUUGGUACCAGUACUUAUGGCUUGCCAGACAAUGAAGUACAGAGAUUCAGAAAGGGUAUGAGGAUGUCUAUAAAGCGCAAACCAGUGCCAUCUAAUCAAUAUACUGAAGAUGAUGAUGAAGUAAUUCUGGAAUAUGUGUCGGCAAAGGGCAAAAAUGCCAAAUUAGGGGGUAAUACUUUUUGGCAAGAAAUGCAGGAGAAGAAUACUCUACCAGGUCGUUCCUGGCAUUCUGUGAGGGAACGUUAUUUAAAGUACUUGCGGAAUACUCCUUUUUCACCAUCAAGUUCCAUAAGGAAAAAAUCCCCUGGAAAGAGAAAAACAUCUCCAAUCAUAGAGACUAGUUCAGAUUCUGAUGGUGACAAGUCACAGACAGAUGAGAUGAUGAAAGACGAGGAAAAGAAAAUUUCAGCUCAGAGGGAGUCAGAGAAAGUUAAAAACCAAGUAAAAGAAAUGGGCCAUGAGGCAACAGCAUGCAAAAAAAGAAAGAAGCUCUUUACCUUACCUGAUAACUUUGAUUCUCCGAAUUCACACAUACCUGACUUCAGUCCAGUUUCUGAGAAACGAACAGGACCCUCCAUGUUAGAUAUCCUGCGGAGAAGGCAUCAAAGGGAGGCUGAAGCAAAACAAAGAAACUUUAGGGUGCUGAAGAAGAAACGAGCUCUAUCCCAGGAAAUGUAUGAACAUCAUAGUGAAGAUGAACAGCAAGAUGAAAACAAGCCUCAAGGUGGAGAGAAACAAUCUCGUGGUGAUGAACACCUAAGUGAAGAUGAGCAGCGGGAUGAAAACAAGCCCCGAGAGAAACAAUCUCAUGGUAAUGAACACCAAAGUGAAGAUGAACUGUUAGAUGACGAAGAGCAAAGUGGAAAAGAACAGUUAGAUGAUGAGCACCAAUGUCAAGGACAAGGGUUAAUAAAUGAUGAUCACCAAAGUGAAGAUGAACUCUUAGACGAUGAAGAGAAAAGAGGAAAAGAACGCGUAGAUGAUAAACAGGAAGGUCUUUGUCAAGGAGAACAGGUAGAGAUUCAUGAUGAUUUACUAAAUUACAAUGAGAAGCACACCAGAGAUGAAGAGCAACAUGACAAUCAGUCGGACACAACCAUUGAAACAGAUUUGCCCAGCAGUCUUAGUAUGCAUGUCAAUAAUCCCUCUAAUGAGAUUAAUUCCUAUGAUGAUGAACAAGGGGAAAGUGAUGACAGCGAUUGGUCAAUUGAUGGUCUUCACUCUCGAGGACCUUAUGUUAAGAAGCCUAGAAGAAAUAAUGAGACAUCCAAACAAAGUGAAGAGCAAAGGCAAUCAGUCAGUGUACCUGUCGCACCUAAACCCAAUCCCACUGUUGAAACCCCCAACCCAGAAGAAAUUGUCAAGAAGACAACUUUAGCUCCAUCAGAUGCUUUACAGCAGGAUUGCUCUGAGGAGCCUUUUGACUUCCUGGGUGACAUGACACACUUUGAUGAAGUACCAGUUCAUAGUGGUGUCACUUUGAUAGGAACUGAAAAAAGUCAAUUCAGUAACUUAGCAGAGAAUAGUCAGAUUAUUGAUGAUUCUCAAGCAGCUGUGAAUGAAAAGGCAGAAAGUGAGAGGCCCAUAGCUAUAUUAAGUACUAUGUUAAGUACAGAAAAUAAUACAUCCUUCGAACCUCUUUGCCAUAGUACUCAGAAAAAUAAAUUAUUGACCAAAAGUGUGUCAGUGCAGGUAAAAGAGAAGGUCAAUGUAGCCACUCAGACUGACCCCGUUCUAAUUUUUCCAUUAGAUGGUGGCUCAGUUAACAAUUCACCUCAGCUUUCACCUAAGAGGCCUCAAAUGAAACUGAGGAAACGACCAUCAUCUUCUAAAGCAGAAAAUGCUGAUGAAUCGUUUGAUUCUCCCUCACCAGCAACUGCUGCCAUGAAAAUUCUCUGCACACCUCCCCGCAAGAGGAUCACUCGCUCUGCUGUCAGAGAGUCAGACUCUGAGGAGGGGUUGUCACCAAAAUUCACUCCAACAAAGUGAUUCAUUCAUUUACUUUCAGAGUAAUAAAAUUAAGAAUGAUUUAUUUUUUGAAUACUUUGUUAACAUUAUUACAGAUUUGUUCUGGAUUCUCAUGUAGAACAAAAUAAAUAUAUAUUUUUUUUAAAAGAAUUAAAGAAUUUUGUGCGUUACUCCCUUUCAAUCAACAAGAGAAAAUA